UUGAUGCUUUCAAAGAAUAUGAUAACAAAGAGUAAAUUAGACAGGCUUUUUGAGUUACUAGAACAGGGAGCAAGUUCUUCUAUAAGAGGAAUUGCUGCUGAACAAAUAGGUCACUUGGCUGCUCAACACCCUUCUCAAACAGAACAAAUUAUAAAUAGAAUUACAGAAAUAGUAUUGUACAAGAAAUCUUGGUCUUCCCGGGUUUCUGCAGCAUAUGCUUUAGGUAUCAUAGCUAGCCAGUCACCUAAAAAGUCCAAGAGCGUCGUCUUGGAACCUUUCCCGUCGUCCACUGAGUUAGGGCAUAGGAAAAGAAAGUGGAAACAAGAUACUGCUUCUAGUUUUCUUCGACUUGAAGAUUUGAAUAUGAACGAUAUAGUAAGGAAGGGUGGUAGAUUGUUGGGUUCUUCUGGGGAAGAGUUGGCUUCUACAAAUAAUGAAGAUGCAGAACAGCAAUUUAAGAGAAUUCAUUCUAUAUUAGGCGACUAUCAUCUUUCGGAAAACAUUGUUUCGAAUGAAGAUUUUCAAGGAGAGACGGAACCCGUCUCUAGUUGGAAACCCAAGUUGAACGUAUUUGACAAAGAGGGACUCAUUAAUAACGAUAACUCAACACAAGGCACAAAGGAAGAAGCUCCUAUUGUUAUGUUAGAAGAUUCCGGUUCUGUCCCUGAAUGGAUUUUUUGUCAAUGUUUUAGCAAGUUAAGAAAUAAUAUGUUUUCACUGGAUUGGGAAGUUCGUCACGGCGCUGCUACUGGUCUUCGUGAGCUAUUAAAGUAUCAGGCAACAGAAGCCUGUUUAGAUGUCUUUUAUUCUUUAGAAGCCAAUAGAAUACUCUUAGAGGAUAUUGCUUGUCGUCUACUGAUUCUUUUAGCAGUGGACAGGUACAUGUUGCCAAACAAUUGUAUUUGCAUAUCGUUUAUACUCACUUUGUCUGCAAGAUUUUGUGACUUUAGUGGUACAGUAACUGUGGCUCCAGUUCGAGAAGCAGCUUCGAUGGCAUUGGCAACAGUGGCAUUGCACUUGGAUAUUGAUCGUGUAGAACAGAUUGGUCUAUAUAUCAACAUUUUAGCUCAUUCAGAUAGUUGGGAGGCAAGUCAUUGUUGUAUGCAGUAUAUUUUUGCUGCCUUAAGUUCAUCUUCUUCUAUUGUCAUUUCCUUAUUGAAAUACUCUUUUGAUGAUAUCACGAGAGGUUUAUUAUCUGAAGAUCAUGAUAUUUGUGCAGCUGCAGCAAGAUGUUUGUUUCCAGUCGUCGAUAUCAUUGCGAGAGAUUCCACCGAAAGCUCUAUACCGUUUGAGAAGCUUUGUGAUUCUUUGUGGCAAGUAAUUUCUUCUUGUGAUGAGGAUAACUCUGGUGUAUGUGAUUGUUUGGAGUUAAUUUGCCGACUAUACAAAUGUGUGUUACAGAGAAAUAUGGAAAAUGCAAAUUCAUGGUUUUCCAAUCAUGUAUAUCAAGUAUUUCCGUUUAUGUUACACAAUAAUCCUUUUAUACGAGAGGCUUCUCGAAUAUUGGUGACUGAAAUACUUGAGAAUAAUAAGAACUUGGGUAAUCAACCCUUGUUUACUAUUCAACAAUGUCGACAAUGGAUCUCUAUUCUGGUUGCUUUAUUAUUUAUAGAGAAAGAUGAUUGUUUUGUUGAAACCAUCUUAAAUAAGCUCGGAGAUGUUCUACAUUGGUAUGAUGAGACAGAUCUCUUUUCCAGCAAUAUAUUAUCUCGGAUACUUGAACUUUGUUUUCAACGAUCGUUCAAGAAUAGCCUUGAUGUCAUUUCGACACUUUUGAGAGAAGAAGAUAUUUUGACAUUUUCUGGGUUUCAGGAGGUUGUUUCUGAAAUUGCUGAUACUGAAAGACGUUAUGGUGAUAGAGAAGGAAGAUUUCUACGUUUUCAACAAAAUGUUUGUAGAAUGAUUGCCAUUUUGUUUUUAGAACGAAAAGAACAGUCAAAGAUUCUUUGUGAAACAUUGAAGAGUUAUCUGCAUUCUUCUUCUGUGUUUAGUUUGACCGCAGCUUGUCACAUUAUCAGAUAUUGGUAUCCUCAAGCAGUUGAUUCUUCUCAUCGGGAAGAAGUCAUGAAGAUUCUUUUUUCAAAGUUGGAACAAUUCGAACAAAACUCUUCAGAUGAUGUUCAUUUUGAUGAAGAGGCCGCCAAUAGUUAUCAGCUGUUUAAUGAUAUCUUAAGUAUCGAGAAACAUCUUUCUUCUGGGAAGAAAUCGAAACAGAAAUACAGCAAUACGAUUUUAGAUGGUUCACUAAUUCAAUUAUGUGAAAAAGGCAUUCAAGGUUGUGAACAGGGAGACUAUUUUCAAGUUUCUUGUCUUUUAUCUGAAAUAAGUGGCAAUUAUAUGCCGUAUUUGCAGGAGUUGAGUGCACGUGAUACUUGGAAAGGUAGCAAAAGCAGCCAUACUGAUAAGGAUAGUGUUUUACAUGCUGUCAUUUGGAGAGUAGUGAACUAUUUGACUAGUUACAAAUCUCGUCGUACUGAAUUUAUUUUACAGUCCCAAAUUGUCAUAGUUUGUUCUAUCAUUCUCUCUCAAAAUAUUGCUCGACAAGAUGAAAACGACAAUUGUGUUCCUCGUGAAGAAGAAAUCAAACUACCGAACAAGUUAACUCCUUAUUUAUUAGCAAUGAUGAAUGGAUUGAGAUAUUCAUCUUGUAUUUAUUUGCAGCAACUUUCUGCUUCUACUUUAGCAUUCACAUGCCAGCUCUUGGUGAAGAAAGAUAAAAUGAAGGCAAUUGCGAAGAUUGUUGAAAACCUGUUCAACUAUCUUAUAGAUGCCUUGAAGAUUGAGUCAGAAGAUUGGCAGUGUUCUCAAAUGGACGGUGUGUUGCUUGCCUGGAAGGAAAUCUGUAGAGCAUUUGGCUGCAAACUACUCGUAUCACUACCAAAAGUGAAUGAACUUUGUGUGCAAGUUUUAGAAAACCUCCCUGAUACCCUGGAGAAUACGCCGACCCAAGUAGCAAAUGCUUUGUCCUUUCUGAAAUAUACUUUCAAAUGGUGGCACUCAUCACUCUUCAAGCAUUGUAACGAUGCAGUCCAGAAACUAACUUUAUUUUGUGGCCUACAAUAUCAUGUUACAGACUUUGAUAUUCUCAAUGUCGCAACAGAUGCAUUAUCAGAAAUGAUAUUUUGUUUUCACGACUUUCUUAUUCAUGUUGUGAGACAUUUAUUGCCCAUUUUGGAUAGCAAUCAUAAGAUGGAACGUAGCGAAGAAAGUAUCUUGUAUGCUUUGAGGGCUGUUCAUAAGGUUGUGUUGAAAUUAGGGAAUGAAAUGAUUCCAUACGUUUCCUUAUUUUUGAUGCCGUUGGUUAGUAGAAUGACGCAUCAAAAUACCGAAAUUCGGGUUAUAGCAUCAGAAACUUUCGGUCUGUUGUUACGUUUGCUACCGUUAGAAGAUAAUACAGUGAAACUUGCAGAAAGUGAAAAGUGGCUGGAUGACCCUGAGUGGCAGUUGCAAAGAGAAAAUGCCAAAUCAUUUAUACAUCAGUUAUUAGGAUGGAAAGCUAGGGAACCUUACAACUUGCCCGUGCAAUUGGAAGGAAACAUUCAGUUGAGAGAGUAUCAAAGACAAGGAUUGGAGUGGUUAGCUUUUCUGAAGAGAUAUGGACUUCAUGGUUUACUUUGCGAUGACAUGGGAUUAGGGAAGACUUUGAUGACUUUGUGUAUAAUCGUUGGCGAUACUGUGGAAUGGAAGAAUUAUGGAUUUCAAAAGCAUUCUCUUGUUAUUGCACCUUCUUCAGUUACAGCACAUUGGUUUCAAGAGGCCAAGAGGUUCUUCGGUUCUUCCUUAUCCAAUGUAAUAUUAUAUGCAGACUCCGCAAAGAAGAGAAAGAAACGGCUGGCGAGCUUUGAGUCAUCACCUUUAAUCAUUACUUCCUAUGAAAUAAAGAUUCGUAGUGACAUUGAAUCUUUUCAAAGUUAUGCAUGGAACUACUUGGUUUUGGAUGAAGGACAUGUGAUUCGGAAUCAUCAUUCUAAGACAGCGCUCGCGAUAAAAAGUCUCUUAGCAGAACAUAGACUUAUUUUGUCAGGUACUCCAGUACAAAAUUCGGUCAAGGACUUGUGGUCGCUCUUUGAUUUUUUGACUCCUGGUUUCUUGGGAGACGAGGCUUCAUUUCAAGAACGCUUUGUUCGACCCAUAUUGAGGGGUAAACUUUUGUCAUCUGAACAGAAAGACCGUGAACAAGCAGAUGUCCUGUUGGAAACUUUACAUCGACAAGUUCUUCCUUUCAUACUACGCAGAAUGAAAAGUGAUGUUUUGGCUGAAUUACCUCCGAAGAUAAUUCAGAACUUGUCCUUUGAAAUGAAUUCUUUGCAAGCAAAGUUGUACAAUGCGGUCAGUGGAUUUCUGGCAACUACUGCAAAGGAGCAGUUAGUACAUGAUAAGAGUCCUUCGCUUCAUAUCUUCUCAGCGUUGCGUUGCCUUCAACAGAUUUGUACACAUCCCGUGUUACUAUUGGAUAGCGGAAAGGACUGGAUAGAGAAUGUCUCAGGAAAAUUAGCUAUCGAUGUAAAUAGUUGUUAUCACUGGAAAAGUAGCUCAAAAUUCCAAUGUUUGUAUGAUUUAUUUGCUGACUUGGGUUUGAUAUUACAUGAAGAAGAAGUUGCUCAGAAGGAGUUGAAAGAAGAACCUGAGGAAACGGACUGGGAUAUGAAUGAACAAGAUACUGGACAUAGAGUAUUGCUUUUUGCUCAGAAUAGAAGAACGUUGGAUAUAGUUGAGAAGUUUCUGUUUAUGGAAGGACCAUUUCGACAUCUUUCUUAUUUAAGGUUGGAAGGCACAGUAAGCCCGAUGCAUCGACAAGCCAUUGUUACUCGUUUCAAUUCAGAUCCUUCCAUCUCUUGUAUGCUUCUCACCACGCAAAUUGGAGGUCUGGGUCUUAAUUUGACUGGAGCAGAUACCGUUGUAUUUAUUGAACAGGAUUGGAAUCCAGUGAAGGAUAUGCAAGCUAUGGAUAGAGCACAUCGUAUUGGUCAGACAAGAACGGUGAAUGUAUUUAAGCUAGUUACCAAAGGAACUUUGGAAGAGAAAAUUAUGAAACUGCAAGAAAUGAAAACUGCUGUGGCAGAAUCCAUUGUGAAUAGAGAUAACUCCAGUCUACAAGAUUUGGAUACUUCUCAACUACUUGAAUUAUUUCAGUUUGACUCUUCUGGUCAACAAGAUGCUAUGGAAGCCAAGAAUGAUAUGGAAUCAUAUCAUUCUUAUUUGAAAACUGGAAGCACUUUGGAGUCUGUUCUCAAAACACUUCCAGACUUGUGGGAAGAGGAGCAGUACACUUCGGAGUUUAACUGGAAUAUGUUUGUACAGAGUUUUCAAAGUGGUCAAAAGGAUACUAAUGACUGAGUAUAUAUGUUUCAUAUACACAAUUUUUCUGGAAAAUGCGAGCUUUAUGCAAGUUUCUUGCUUUUUUUUGAUAAUUCGGAAAAGCUUGUUUUUUUCUGCAUGUUGCAAGAGGUUCUUCCCACUAAUGACCACGUCUUUAGGAAGACUAUGAAUUUCCUGCUUUUACUACAACCUAAGCCUUGUUUGAACAAGAAUAAAAGAAAUACUUUUUCGUUUCC